UAAUAUUCAUUAUUUAUACAAGAAUGUUGAUGGGAUUGUUGAAAUGAUAAGAAUUGUUUAUUGAGCAAGAAAUCUAUUUACAUUUAUUUAUUUUUAUUUGCCCACCGCUUCAUAUAAACAUAAUGGACGUGUUUCCAGGUAUAAAUAAACUAUAAAACUAUUUGCAGGAUUCAAUAUUUUUAGUUUAAUAUUACUGUGCCCCCCAAGACGCCCCUUUAGUUGAGUCUACACAAUGGAAACAAACCUAUCAAUGAAAAAGGGGCCAGGACUCUAUGAGUUCUUAGUUGAAGCAGAACUGCAGCAUUAUUUCAAUAGCUUUAAAAACACCUUGAAAAUCAACCACCCCUCUCAGCUCAAAUUUACAACAGAAAGUGACCUAAUGGAUAUUGGAAUGUCAAAACCGGAAAUGAGAAGACUGAGGAAGUAUUAUGAAAAACAUUUUCCACAUAACUAUUUGUCUAAAUUUAAGAAACUUUUGAGUCAUAGGAAACAGGAAAAUACUGUUUCAGAGGCAAAUCUUUUAUUAAACACCGACACUCUUCCCAUAACAAAAACCCCAAAAGUGUCAAGUAAACAUAUAAUACCUGCGGCAAGUAUAACAAUAAACAAGGAACUCGGUAUGGGAGAGUUUGGGGUGGUACAGCAAGGAGUCUGGUGUAAUGAAGGCGAAAGGAUACAAGUGGCAAUCAAAUGUCUCUCGAGAGACCGCAUGCAAAGUAAUAUGGUGGAAUUUUUAAAAGAAGCAUCUAUAAUGCACAACAUUGACCACCCUAAUAUUGUCAGGUUCUUUGGGGUAGUUUUGCCCAAUAUUGAAGGCAGUUUAAUGUUGGUUACUGAACUAGCACCAUUAAGGUCUUUAUUGGAAUGCUUAAAAGAACCUUCAUUGAGGUCAAGUUUUCCUGUGUUGACUUUGUGCGAUUUCGCUUAUCAAAUAUGUGACGGAAUGCAAUAUUUGGAGGCAAAUAGACUGAUUCAUAGAGACCUUGCUGCAAGAAACAUCUUAGUGUUCUCCAAAAACAAAGUAAAAAUCUCAGAUUUUGGUCUAAGUCGUGCCUUAGGACAGGGAAAAGACUACUAUCAGACUAACUUUAACGUCAAUUUAAAAUUGCCUAUAGCCUGGUGUGCACCAGAAUGCAUCAGUUACUUAAGAUUCACCACUGCCAGUGACGUAUGGGCUUUCGGGGUGACCCUAUGGGAAAUGUUUUCUUACGGAUUUCAACCGUGGGCAGCCCUAACAGGCCAGCAGAUUUUGGAAGCGAUAGACGAGCCGAAUUUCCAAAGGUUAGAGCAGCCCGACUGUUGUCCCCUGGAACAUUACAAUUUAAUGUUGGAUUGUUGGAGACACGAGCCCGCCCAAAGACCGCGUUUCUCCGAUAUCGGGCCGAUAUUGGCCGAAAGUAGGCCGGAACAAGUGCAGGCGAAAGUAACGACGAACGAGGGACCGCACAUGUUAAGUUUUAGGGUCGGAGACGUGAUCGCUGUUUUAGAUAAAAAGACUCACAAUCCUUUAUGGAAAGGGUCGACGGCGAGCGGAAAAACCGGCCUGUUUGACCCCAUUAAUGUGGUCGCCUACUUGGGCGCAGACCUGCCGAGCUCUUCGUUUCUACGAGGCGGAAUGGACAGCACCCGCUCAUCGGCUCGUAGGAAACUUCGGAGCGAAAUGAUUAGCGCACCCCAAGGCGAUUUUAAACAUACCGGACACGUUGGUUUGGACGGUGCCUAUUUUGGGGAUCUUAGUUUUUUGGGCGGAUCUAAAGGCAAUUAUAAUAGCGUUCCAACUCAAGUAGUGGCCCCCUAUAGGCCUCAUAAGGAUCUCGAGGCUGCGCCCCUUUUGGAAGGUGAUUGUGUGCCGGCACCUGCUCCACUACAAAACCACGAAUACCACGAGAUUAGUGACGAGGAGGCUAAUAAUAGUCCUCAUUUGGAUUUAGGUCCAUCCUUGAUGGCUGAAAUGGAAAUGAUGUUUAGCAGCUUAGGAACUCAAAGUUUGGAUCAUGAAGGUUCUAACCGAAGCAACGAGCUCCGCGAAAAACUAAACACAAAACCCAAAAAACAGGCGACCGUCAAACCAAUUUCGGCUCACGACAAGAAAACUUUAGACACUGCCAUAGCGUUAGCCAAUGAAAUCACUAGCAGGUCACUUUCUGCUACCACCCCCACGACCCCGGUUUCUCCCAACAAGAAGAAGAGCUCGUUCAGUUUCAAAUUUCCGUCGAUGCACGACACGGAAAAACCUCAAGAAGCGCGAAGAAAUUUCUCGCAAGAGGCCUUGUCCACUGCAGAUUUACAGUCUAAGAUCACGCCCGAGGAGCAAUUGGCCUAUCAAGGGCUGGUAGAGAGUCCCACACCGGAGGUCAGUCAGCUAAUGGUAACAAACCCAUUAAGGAUCUUAAGAUCGGGUCAACCGAUGAUAAGUUCACGCACCAGAUCAGCUAGUGUCGCUAGCAGCACUUUGCCCAUAAGAAUAAACGGCUCCACCAGGAGUUCUGUGCCGGAAAACUUACACGAAAGACCUUCAGGUAUAUUUUGUCGUAAAAUGAAAAAAAAAAUAUGCUGAAAAAAUUUUCAAGGUUUUCCCACUUUACCGAGAUCCAUAAACAUGACGCACACCCUUCCUCGUUCAUUGAGCGAGUGUUCCAAGGACGAAAAUCCGAUUCCGCUCCCACCAAGGGACAGGAAUAAAACGUUAUUGACCUCUAAGCCGAGACACACCAGGAAACAUCCGUUAAUUAUACCGGCGUCUAAUGUGCAAAGGACCUUGGAUAAGGUUAACACGGUUUCGCCUCCGAACCAAGUGAUCCCCGACCCGUUUCUGAACCAUCACCAUAAUAAUAUCGAACCGAUUUACACGAACAAUAUGGUGCAUUUGACGGACAAAAAUCCGGAAUCGUUACAUUUCGAGGAACAAAUCGCUUCGAGUUUAAACGCCCUGGAUGACAUUCAUUCGGACCAAGAUGUGGUUGACGGGGCGGACUUUAAGUCCGAUGAUAACGUUCAUAGUCACCAUGUCAGUUGCGAGGACUUACUAAAGUUUGCCAAUUCGAAACCCAGCUCCAGGACCAGGGGGAACGAUUCCGAUGAGGUCCGGAUCAUGUUAAAAGUUUUAGGGAAAGAUAUCCCGACUAAACGUUGCCUAGAUGCGUUGGACCAAUCCGACUGGGACGUAAUGAAGGCGAUAAAAAUCCUAAAACUGCAAAACGUCGUUAACGUUAGCCUGUUGUCUUGCCAAAACGCCCUGGAAAAUUCGAUGUGGGACGUUACGAGGGCCGCCCAAUGGGUCCUUCAAAUGGAGGACGAAGUGGCCCAGGUCUGAGGACCAUGGAUGGUUAAUUUAUUAGACGGGAGUGUUUGUGUUAAAGGGUUGACGUUGAAAUUACCAAAGCCACAUGUCCUUAUUAAUAAAUCUACAGCGGUUGAAGGAAAACGAAAAGCUGAAAAGUGCGAGGUUUCUGUUUGGAAGGUUUAGAGUCAAUUUUACGUUGUCUGGCACGUAAAUUAAAUGAUUUACUUAU